AUGGCUAAAGAAGCACUGAGAGGGACUCCUUACCCUCCGACGCGGCCGUUCACGCCGUGCCUCCUCUCGCCGAACUCUCCUCAGCGGCCGUUCACGCCGUUGAGCGGGACUCUAGGCAUCCCUGCCGAGAGGCACCUGGAUGAGCCACCGCCGCAGACUCCGGAGGAAGGCCACGCCGCAGAGACAACGCAGGAGGACAUCAGCCGAGGACCAGACUCCGCCACCACGUCGCAGCCACCUCUGCACAGCCGCCGACCUCGCAGCCGCAUCCGCCCGUGCCCUAGCAGCCUGCUGGCCGCCAUCACCGCGGGGAGGCCUACCCCCGCCGCCAGGACCAGCACAGAGCGGACAUCCCGGCUGGGAGGACGACGAGACAGCCAGACACCGACGCAUCCCGGAACACCGGCGACACCGCGCCGACCAGAGCCCGCGCCGCCAGCGCGGAGGAGUGACCAUCGCCCCACGGCCUCGGAGCGAGAACGAUUAGUCGAGUUAUUUGGCGCCCUCUCGACUUCCUCCUCAUCAGCGGAUAGCCACACGUCCGGCCCAACAUCACGGACGCCACCGCGUCCGAGCGCAGCAGCUCCGCGGACCUGCCCGCCUACGCCGGGCCGCAACAUUCCACUUUCCGGCCCGCAGGGACGCACGCAGCGAACCAACUACCCCGCAACGGGCGAGGUUCUCGCUCCAGAUCGCGGCACAUCGCUGCCCGUCGGUCCCAGGCUUUACCGGACUACGACCGGAGCCCACUAG